AUGUUUCGAUCUACCAUUAUUAGUACCGUCAUGGACGUGCAUUAUCUAUACGAAGUUAUUUGUGUCGAAAUUGAAGUGACCACAAUAUCAAACGCCCCAACCAGUAUCAAUAGUAAAGGGGACUGGAAUGACAACCAUGGAUUAAACAACCGGCAAGAGUUGUUUUUUGUCAAGAAUUAG